AUGCCUGAUGGCUUCCAAGCAUACAAAGAAGAAGAAUUAGAUGAAGCUAGUCGCCAAGCAAAGUCCAGGAAAAUCUGUGAUUCUGUCACUUCGAACGAGGGAGGAGUUGGAGAUUCUACACCAAGAAGCCAGGAUGCAGAUGAAUCAGAAAGAACCACCGCCACCAUCGAUACUACGGGUCAUGGUGAGACAGAAGUCGGCCAAGUUGAUGGGGACAACCCCGGUGACGCCGUGGAUACCGACUGUGCCGAAGAUGACGCCAAAGAAGAAUUUUGCUUGUACAAUGAAGAGGAAAGACAAGAGUAUUUGGAAAGGAUUCAGAAUGAUCCAGUGCAGAUGGAAACGUAUAUGAUAAUGAAGGGGUUGUUGGAAUCCUUCAAAGAGGGAGCCUUGCCGCCGGACCUUCGCCCACCCACCCCAGAGGCGGCACGGAGGAUAUUGAAAAGAUCUGUGAGCAGCCUCCACAGCUUGUCAAGAGGGAUGAUGGAUUGGACCUUCCGGGUGUCAGCGUUCAUCAGUUGCAGUGCUGGAAGAGGUGAAGGCGGCCGGUUUCUGCAGCGACGCAAUGAUCCGAGAGAUCGAGGACCUGGGUUCCGAUGA